GAGUUAAUUCCAAGCUCUGCUUUACGUAUGCGAAUGACUAUGACUAUGUACUACGCAAGAGUAUCGCACAGUGUUUAGAAUCGUCGGGCCAGGAUCGGCUCAUAAAGUAAGGUUGCUUCGACAAUUUGGAGUGACUGUCAGUGAAUCGCACGUCAACGGAGGCCGAAUUAGCGAGUAUUUCAUAAGCAUUCUGAAUGAAAAACAAUUGUGGUACUAGAAAAUCGGGAUUCGAUCAGUGAAAUUAUUGUCACGAGACAUCGCUGAAUUUCUUCCGAUAUAAACAUGCAGAGAAACAAGAACGAACUGGACGUCGAUUUAUUUGGCGUGAAAGGACACCGGUCCGUGAAGAAGUUUUUGGCUAGCCUCGAUUUACCGAAUCUGGAAAACACUCUGAACUACGAAAAUUUUCGACUGAUUUGCAACGCGCUGUUUCCACCGAAUGAAAUCAAACAAAAUGAUGAUAGAAUCAGGAAUAUUUUCGAUCUUUUCGACGAUGAUCAUGACGGAAUCUUGAAGGGACAGGAGUGGAAAAUCAGAUUGCUUCAAGUUACGUGCACACCAAAUUUUCCUAAGCUUCAAUUGUUUAUCAAAUGCAGAUUUCAUGAGUGGUUGCAAAUGACAAUCGUGCCGGUGAACGUGCUGCUGAUCGUAGAUGUGCAAAAUGACUUUAUCGACGGAACAUUAGCUCUCCGUGAUUUCGAAAGCAAUCAGGAUGGCUUUGAUGUUGUGGGACCAAUAAAUCGUCUAACAAAAUAUGGACUUUUCGAUAAAGUUAUUUACUCAAUGGACUGUCAUCCCGAGAAUCAUAUCAGUUUCCACGAGAAUCUGCAUUUGAGGGAAAUUCAUCCGGAGUCGAAAGUAUCGAAGGAAAAUGCAAAGGUGUUCGACAGCGUGACAUUUGCGAAAGCCUGUAUGGAACAGAUACUGUGGCCUAAGCACUGCGUCAUGAACACCUGGGGCGCACAGUUACACAAAGACCUUGUGAUCGUCCCUGGAUCCGAACAGGUGAAAAAAGGUACGCAUCCGGAGAAGGAUGCCUAUUCAGUAUUUGCAGCGACAGAUUCCGCAGGCGUCAGCAAGUUGGAGCAGAUGCUACGCGAACUCGGCACCACGCAGUUAUUCGUUUGCGGCUUGGCGUACGAUGUUUGCUUGAAAGAAACAUGCCUGGAUGGUCUUCGAUUGGGAUAUCCGGUAGCAGUGAUCGACGACUGUUGCCGCGGUGUAAACCUGAAAAAUAUCGAUGCUGCGAAACAUUUGAUCAUAGAUAACGGCGGCUUGAUCGCUAUCACCGACAAAAUCUUGUCGCUGGUGAACACCGAAGAAAGAAGCCUUAUCAUGAGCCAUCGGUCCGCGAAGAAGAUAGCUUCGAUUUCGUCCUCCAGAAGCAUAAUGACGGCGUCUGAAUAACAGCGUAGAACUUAGUCAGAAGGAAUCGUAGGGCGAGUUUCAAGAUAAAUCAGAGAAUCGGCGCACAGUGAUCUCUAUUCGUCAGAAUUUGAACGCAAUUUCUGGCUCAUUCGAAACGCCGUAAGUUACCAGAAUUUAUCCGAGAAAGUAUGUUUAAACGGCGUUGUUUACUUAAAAUCAUAUUGUAAUUCGGAAUGUUUAGCUAACGAAGAUAUGAAUUUUUGCGUGUGUGUAAAAAUUGAGCACUGUGCCGCUGUGUUCGAAUUAGUUACGUGGUGGCUAAUAGAUGCUAAAUAGAGAUAAUAGGAGAACCAGGUCAGGUAGUAGGUGGUGAAGAUAAAUGGUAAUUUACAAAGAUAUAAUACGUCGUACGGUUACUUAUUUCUUAUUUUUCUAAGCUUAAAGAAUAGACGAGGUAAGGAAUAAAAGUAUAUAAAUAUCGUGAUCGAUAUACUUUCCAAUAAAUGUACGAAGCUUACGGUAUGGUUUUCCGGAUACACGAGUAAAAAAACUAGGUAAAGAACAAAGAUGUAUUAUGUCGAACGGGUACUUAUUUUUUUUCUAAGCUUAAAGAAUAGACGAGGUAAGAAAUAAAAGUAUACAAAUAUCGUGAUCGAUAUACUUUCCAACAAAUGUACAAAGCUUGCGAUAUGGUUUUCCGGACACACGAGUAAAAAAAUUAGAUGAAAAAGAACAAAGAUAUAUUACGUCGAACGGGUACUUAUAUUUUCCUAAGUUUAAGGAGUAGACGAGGUAAGAAAUCGAAAUACAUACAAAUAUCGUGAUCGAUAUAUUUCUCUACACUAUAAAUGUACAAAGCUUACAGUAUGGUUUUACGAACACACGAGUGAAAAACUAGAAAAGUGUUCAGAGGUUUAUACAAAAUGUGGGUCAUUCCUGAGGUGCUGAAAGUCCAGUUGAACUUAUUCUACAUAUGUUUCCUAUUCUCAGUAUUUUCAAAGUAUUUUUAAAAUCUGUUAUUUAUUAAUUAGAUAUAUAUUUACGCCAGUAUCACUGCGUCGUUAUUUACAUGAAAUAUUUAUCCACGAUUUAUACUUGCUUAUCAUCUAUUGUCAGAGAUAAAUCAAGGACUCGUGGUGAUCAUCCUCGAGUACUUGUGAAGUUCGUAAGUUAUUGCUUCGACCAUUUUGAUUGGUGUGUAUUUAAUUGUUUAUUAAUAAAUAACCUUUCAAAUAUGUA